AUGUUCAGACAGUCAGACGUGGGCAGGAGGCGGGCCAACGCCCAGCCGCCGAUGCGCAUUAGGGGGGUGGAAGUGGCCCGUGGGCGGGCCGGGUACGGCUUCACCCUGUCGGGCCAGUCUCCGUGCGUGCUGAGCUGCAUUCUCAAGGGCAGCCCCGCCGACUACGUAGGUCUCCGCGCAGGCGACCAGAUACUGAGCGUGAACGACAUCAACGUGUCGAAAGCCUCGCACGAGGACGUGGUGAAGCUCAUCGGCCGUUGCUCGGGGGUGCUGCACCUGGUCAUCGCUGAGGGAAACCGUGGCAACCCACACAUGGACUCCUGCUCCAGCGACGAAGAGCUGGGUUUCCACGACGCAAAGAACCACUGGCUGAGGCCAAAGAUGGACUCGAAGACACUGGGGAUCAACCGGGCGGAGCGCGUGGUCGCGGAGAUGCAGUCGGGCGGAAUCUUCAACAUGAUUUUUGAGAAUUCGAGCCAUUCCUCCAGCAGCUCCGAAAAGGCCGGGGCUUGCGCGUCCUCCAGCAAACCGCGUCCGCUCUCCGAGCCGGACUUUGCCUACGGGAACACUCGCAGGAGUGACCCAAACCUUCUCUCGGAAGAGGAGAUGGCUAAAGUUCUCAACGACGACUCUGUGUUUGUGGACAUGUUCGAACCCUGCGAACAGCAGGACAACUUCGCCUUGCUGCCCCCUGCGGACUCAGCCAGUAUCCUCAACGUGGGCAUGAUCGUGGGGUACCUUGGCUCUAUUGAGCUGGCGUCCACCAGCGCCAACCUUGAGAGUGACAGCCUUCAAGCGAUCCGUGGCUGCAUGCGUCGCUUGCGGGCAGAGCAGAAGGUGCAUUCUCUGGUGUUGCUGAAAGUCAUGCACGAUUGUGUACAGCUGUGCAGCGACCGCGGAGACACCCUCGCGACCUACCCCGCUGACAAACUGGCCUUUAGCGCGGUCUGCCCAGACGACCGCCGUUUUUUCGGCCUGGUUACCAUGCAGGCCGCCGACGAAUGCCGGCCUGGAAGGAGCGGGGAGGAUGACGUGGGCCUACGUACUUCGUGCCACGUUUUUCUCGUGGAUCCCGAGCUGUGUCACCACAAAAUACACCAGGGCGUGGCGAGGCGUUUUGGUUUCGACUGCACCCCUGACCCGGACACGGGCGGCUGUUUGGAGUUCCCCCCCACCUCGCAGCCGCUCCUCCAGUUCGUGUCCGUGCUGUACCGGGACAUGGGCGAGUCCAUCGAGGGCGUCCGUGCUCGCGCCUUCUUGGACGGCGACCUGGACGCUCAGCAGAACAACAGCACCAGCAGCAACAGCGACAGCGGCAUCGGCAACUUCCUGCCCGAGGAGAAAAACAACCGAGUCCUGCUGGUCGACCUCGGCGCCAACCCCGGCCGCCACGUGCCCGCGGGACUUUGGGAAAACCCGCAGAUGGGACGCGGCGCCGUCUCGCAAGUCGGCGCCCCGCCUCCGCCGCCGCCGCCGCCGCCCCCGACCCAUCGGAACGGUUUUCGGCACGACCCGCUCUUGGACCACGCCCAGCCACACCUUCCGCCCCAUUCACACGCUCAUCCAGACCCAGCCUCUCUCUCUAGCAGGCAUCUGAGCACCUCCUCCCGACUGGACGUCUCAGCCCUCCCCACACGGACGCACUACCCUGCUCACAGCAAGAAGGGGCCGUCCGGGCAGCGUUGGCUACCUGUGCAUGUCUUGCGAGACUGGCGACAGGGUCACAGCAGCGAUCAGGAAUCCUACACCGAGUCCACCGACGGCUGGUCCAGUGCCAACUGCAGCACCCUGCCUCCACCCAUGAACAAGAUCCCGGCCGACCGCUACCGGGCUGCGGGUGAGAUCGCCUCUCAGCCGCACCGGAUCCCCUCGCACAAGGACGAGUGGGCGAAAAAACUGUUCGGGGCUGAUAAGAACCUCCGGGAGCACCAUCAUCAACACCAGCAGCAUCAGCACAAUGGAAGAAAGGGCAAAGAGUCUGAGAGAAAGGGUGGAAGGUUCCGGGGCAUCACUAUGGGCUUUCCUCAGCGUUCCUCGGGCCGAAGAUCUUUCGGGCGUUCCAGGCGCCUCAGCCUCGCCCGUUCCCUCGACGACCUCGAGUCUGCGGCGGUCUCUGACGGUGAGCUGAACAGCGUAGAUCUAAAAGGCUGUGGCAGUGAUAACAGCCUGAAUAGCAAUGCCAGUUUACCCAGCGUGCAGUGCCACCGCCGACACACAGAACGCCGGGUCGCGUCUUGGGCCGUCUGCUUCGAGCGUCUGCUCCAGGACCCCGUCGGUGUCCGCUACUUCUCGGAAUUUCUGAAGAAGGAAUUUAGUGAAGAGAACAUCUUGUUCUGGCAGGCCUGUGAAUUCUUCAGUCAUGUACCAGAAAAUGACAAGAAACAGCUGUCACAGAGGGCAAGAGAGAUCUACAACAGCUUCCUGUCCAGUAAGGCCACUACGCCAGUCAACAUCGACAGCCAGGCCCAGUUAGCUGACGACAUCCUUAACGCUCCACGGCCCGACAUGUUUAAGGAGCAGCAGCUACAGAUAUUUAACCUGAUGAAGUUUGACAGCUACACGCGAUUCCUCAAGUCCUACUUGUAUCAAGAGUGCAUGUUGGCGGAGGUCGAGGGUCGACCACUCCCUGACCCAUACCAGAUUCCCAGCAGUCCUACAUCCAAGCACAGCACCGGUUCUGACCGAUCCAACCUCUCGACGCCCAAAAAGGACGAAAAGAAGAACAAGUCCGGAAGGUCUCUCAACGACGACAGUAGGGACGACCAAGGUGAUAAGAAGAAAAGCAGUUUCUUCUCCUGGUCCAGGAACCGGAGUUUUGGAAAAGGUCCCAAGAAAAAGGAGUUAGGAGACUACAGUUUCUCAGGAAGCAACGGUCGAAGGGAAUCACAGGGCUCUUUGUCAUCAGGGGCCAGUUUGGAACUGGGAACCUCCGGUUCUGGAAAGAACGAGGACGAGACAUCUCGUAACUCAAUGUCGUUACAGGAUCGCUCAGCGCGCCACUGCAACAUCAACCUUCCGGAUGGUUCCUGUUGCUCUGUACCCAUAAGGCCCGGCGUGUCCAUCCGGGAGCUUCUGCUGGGACUUUGCGAGAAGCUCUGCAUUAACCUGGCUGCUGUCGACCUGUUUCUCGUCGGGGGCGAGAAGCCUCUGGUUCUGGAUCAGGAUUGCAUGACGCUGUGCUCACGUGACCUACGCCUGGAGAAGCGCACCCUGUUCAGGCUGGACUUGGUUCCCAUCAACCGAUCUGUUGGUCUGAAAGCCAAACCCACCAAACCAGUGACGGAGGUUCUGCGACCAGUUGUGGCCAAAUAUGGCCUCCACCUCGGAGACCUGGUGGCCAGAAUAAGCGGAGAGAAGGAGCCGCUGGAUCUCGGUCUCCCCAUAUCCAACCUCGACGGACUGAGAGUGGUCCUGGAAGCAGCAGAGCACGCUCCAGGAAAAGAUAAACAGAAACUGGUCUCCUCCAAAAGCCACGGACCCCCUCUCUCUACACGAAGUCAGUCAGCCACGGGGGAGGACAAGUCGUCAGGGAAAACCACGUCCGUCAAAACCAGGGCCCAGCUGGAAAAGCGAAAGCAGAAAAAGCUUAAUAUAGAUGAAGCCGAAGAAUUCUUCGAGCUCAUAUCCAAAGCACAGAGCCACCGAGCUGACGACCAGCGGGGUCUGCUAAACAAGAGCGACCUCGUACUGCCCGACUUCCUGCGUCUCGACCCGGACGAGGACCCGGACAAACCUUUAAGCUCCACCCCAGCUCGCCUCAAGCCCCGCCCACGCAGCAAGGAGAACGGCUCCGCCCUCAGCGCCAGCCACCAAACGCAGAGCCUGGAUUCGGGCGUGGAGGGGCGGGGCUUCCGCCACGCCCUAAUGCCCCCCGGCGCUCACAGACACCCCCUGUCGCGAAACCCCGCCCCUCUCCUCUCCGGGUUGUCCCCCAUCCCUCACGCCCAGCGGGGCGGCUCAGACUGGAGGGGCGAGGGGGGCGCCCAAACGGUGGAGGAAGAGGAGAACGAAACGGACCUGACGCUCGUCGCCGAGGGCGACAUCACCAGUCCGAACAGCAGCCUCCUACCGCCCUCCCCCCUCCCCCCGCCCCCCUCCCCCGCCCGGCCGCACCUUCUCCGACAGGAGGGAUGCUACAGCGACAGCUGGGCCCGAUCAGGUACCUCGCCUGUGUGA